AGGAGGACGCAGAGCAGGAGGAGGAGGAGGAGGAAAACCAAGAAACGAAACCGAAACAAAGAGAGUCGCCACGGCUGAGCAGCGCCGGUGAUCUGGGACCCGCCCUGCGCCUCUCCGAGCCCCGCGGGCCGGGCGGGACGCGAAGCCAGGCGGCAUGGACGUGUACGGCACCGCGGCCGCCGCGCUCGACAGCCUGGUGGCCCGCCGCCUGCAGCCGUCGCCCGAGUUCGUGGGGGCCGCGCGGCGCGCGCUGGGCUCCCUGGACGCCGCCCUCAGGGAGCGCGGGGGCCGCCGAGGAGGCGCGGGGCCGGCGCUGCGGGUGCGGAGGACCAUCAAGGAAGGGGCCUACGGCCGGGGCACGGCUCUCAGGGGCGGCUGUGAUUCUGAACUCGUCAUCUUCCUCGACUGCUUCGAAAGCUACCAGGACCAGAGGGCCCGCCGCGCGGAGAUCCUCAGGGAGAUACUGGCGCUGCUGGACGCAUGGUGGCCAGAGCCCAUGCCUGGCCUGCACCUGCAGCGUCCCCAGCAGAACGCGGCCGGGGUCCUGCAGUUCCAGAUGGCAUCUGACGACCGGGAAAACUGGAUGGACGUCACACUGGUGCCGGCCUUUGACGUCCUGGGGAAGCUCAGCUCUGGACUCAAACCCAAGCCUGCAGUCUACGCCACCCUCCUCGACAGUGGCGUCCGGGACGGCGAGCACGCGGCCUGCUUUGCAGAGCUUCGGAGGAACUUCGUGAACACUCGCCCAGUCAAACUGAAGAAGCUGAUCCUGCUGGUGAAACACUGGUUCCGCCAGGUGAAGCUGCCAGCCAGGGUCCUGGCUCCAGAUACUGGACGUCUUUGUUCAUGUUUCCUAAUACUGGAUAUCUUUUCUUAUUUUUAAUGACCCUUUAUGGCCUCUUUCUGGAAAGUGCCUGUUCAUGUCCUUUGUUCUUUUAUACUUUUGUGGUUGUCUUCUUGUUGUUGAUUCGUUGAAGCUCUUUCUAUAUUGUGGAUGCUAAUUCUUAUUUACUUGAUAGAGGGCGAAUGGGUCUUCCUAGUCUGUGACUUGUAUUUUUGCUUUGCUUAAAGGUCAUUUGUUAGUGAAAGUAUUCAAAUGCAAUCAGAUGUAUUCAUCCUUUUUCUUAAAUUACUUGUUCUUUCUGUGUCUUAAGUCUUUCCUUAUCUUGAUUUCCUAAAAUGACUCUCCAUGUUGCCUUCCAAAAGGUUCGUUUUUCACAUUUAGGGCUUUGUCUGGUCUGGAAAGUUUUAUAUAUGACAUAAGGUAAUGAGGAGUUUGUACGCUUCCUGUCCCAGCCUCGGGAACCCCCAUCUGCCCCGUUCAUGCUUAUUGAUAAACUCCGGUGAAUGGAAGGAGGUGUGCCCCACUUGUGCCUGGAAACGAGGGACAAGUUCCCCCAAAUCUUGAACCACAUACCUGGGUCCCAUCGGACGACUCAUCAUAGGCAGGUCUGGAUGUGAGGAAGUCCUGAUUCCAGUUCUGGCUCUGAGACUGAUUUGCUGUGUGACCCUGGGCAACUUCCUAACCUCCUCUGGGCUUCUUCCUCUGCUUGUUCAUGAAGGGUGCAUCCGUCUUUCUCGGGUUCUUCCCACAUCAAUAGGAUUCUUCAGGGACAGGAAACGCUCACAGCCUGGUGCUUUCAUAGGGCCAACUAGCCAGCCUGCCCAGGUGCUAGAGGGUCCAGCAUGAUCUGGGUGCUGGGCACAUGUGCACCCCGGCUUGUUUAUCAUACCCCAGAGAGAUGGUGGCGGAGGAGCAGGGCUGCUGGGGCCGCUAGCCAGGCAGGUCACCUAGGAAGCCAGAGCGUCCCCGCUCGAGCUGCCCUGCCAGCCCAGAAGCUGGGACUCUGGCCACGGUGAGGAGCUGACCACUCCCCGGAACACGGAGCCCCAGAUACACGGUGCAGGAACGGACGUCAUGUGUCCGGAUGGGCCCCGGGGCCAGGGACGGACAGAGACCUGACGGCCGCCCACCCCGCUCCAGAUGGCGACCUGGCGCCCUCCUUGAGUCCCAGCUGUCCCAUCUCUGCCCUCAGCCAUCUGGCCAGCACCCCAGAUCCGCCUCGCCUGUGUUUGGGGGACAGACAGUUCCAGGUCCUGCUGGCUCCUUUCUGGUGACCCCUAGUCCCUGGGAGAAGUGUCAGGUGCUCUUGGAGAGGUGUGGACCCGUCCCGCUCCUGUCCCAGGCUCAGCCUGCAGGGCCCCGGCCUGGGGACAAGCCCCAGCCACGUCCUGGGAGCUGCCCCCACCCCUCCUACCUGCCAGCGCUCCAU